AUGGAUGAUUCUGAGAAGAGAGGGCCAGUUCAAGCUCAUGGAGCAAUGCCUACCCGGCCAGGAAGGAGAUGGGACGUGUCGAACGGGCCAAACAGAUCCGAAGCAUCUGCUGGCACCUACCUUCCAAAGACAACGCCACACGACCGAAAGAAUGUGACAAUAAUAACACCGAUGCUACGACGCAAGCACGCUUCCCAGGAAAAUCUGCUCCUAGCUCGAACGACAACCCCACGAUUAAAAGAGACGACGAGACUCACAGAAUCAGAAAUCGACACUCUUAUAUAUGCCGGGCUACAGACAUUUCUACUGAUCAAUCAAUCAGCCACACUACCAAUUGUGGAAACGACAUCACAAGUGUCGACACCCUCAACGGCUCAGGCACCUGCCGAGGGCACGACGACAGAAGGAAUAACUACACAGGAACCCAAGCCCGUCAAACGGGUUCUGAACCUCCAGGCCGUCCACCUAAUCCUUGGACAACCGGAGUCAGUCUUUCGCAAACAGUGCUCAGACGACACCACAUCUAUGGUAGGACACCAGGAGCUUCGCAUCUUACAGUACAACGUCCAGAAGUCAAGAGACGUCGUCUUUGCGCGCCUGUUCCAGGACCAGUGGAUUCGCGAAUCCGACGUACCCGCGAUCUAA